AUGAUGGGCUAUAGGACAGGACUGCUGCUUUUAACUCUCUGCUGGGCAGGUGUUGAUGGUCAGACUCUGACACAAUCUGAACCAGUAGUUAAAAAGCCUGCAGAGUCCCACAGAUUAACCUGCACAGCCUCUGGAUUCACAUUCAGCAGCUCCUACAUGGUCUGGGUCAGACAGGCUCCUGGAAAAGGACUGGAGUGGAUCGCCUUUAUCAACCCUGGUGGUGGCAGCACCUACUACUCCCAGUCAGUGCAAGGCCGGUUCACCAUCUCCAGAGACGACAGCAGAGAGCAGCUGUAUCUCCAGAUGAACAGUCUGAAGACUGAAGACUCUGCUGUUUAUUAUUGUGCUCGAGAGCCACACUGGACACACUGUGAUUAUUUCGACUACUGGGGCAGCGGGACCAAAGUCUCUGUUUCCUCAGACACAGUUGCACCGGUUGUAUUCCCUUUGACACAAUGUAACUCUGGGACCGGAGAGGCAGUCACUGUUGGCUGUCUUGCCUCCGGCUUCUACCCAGAUGAUCUAACCUUCACCUGGAAAGACGCCAGUGGGAAAGCCCUGACUGCUGUUCAGUAUCCUCCAGUUCUGAAUAACAACAGGUACAUGGAGGUCAGUUUGCUGCAAGUACAGAGAGCCGACUGGGAUUCUUUGGCGUCUUUUCGUUGUUCCGUGGAUCAUGCAGGAGUCCCCCAAAAUGUGACAGUGCAAAAGGUCAUAAAUCCUCCUGUGGUGACUUUGCAGCCCAUGCCUAAUGGAGACACCUACUCCCUAAUAUGUAUGAUUGAGGAUAUGCCCUCAAAACUCUCGUCAGUCACAUGGAAAAGGAACGGGGUGGAGGUGGCACAGCAAAAAACAUGGGAAAUAUCUCCAGCUGGAGGCAGCGACUCACUUAUCAGUGUCCUGAAGGUCGACAAGACGGAAUGGGAGAGUAAAUCUGUUUACAGCUGUGAGGUUCCUCAUCUGGGAACAACAAUUACCAAGAAGACUUCCAGUGCUUUCAUCACAGUGAAACUAAACCCUCCAAAUGCAAAAAAGCUUUUCUCAAACAACGAAGUAGAGUUGGACUGCACCAUCACAGGAGAGGACAAAAACAUUGUAUCUAAAACUAAAAUCACCUGGCAAAUUAAUGGAAACAAUUACACCAACAAUAUCACUGUCAAGCCAGACAGUGAGAAGAGUAAAACCAGCAAACUGCUCCUAAGUCUGCAGGACUGGACAACUGUAAAACAAGUUCGCUGUUCUGCUUACAAGGAAGAAGGCAUGGCACCAGUCAUUCAAGAUCUCACUGUCCACCAAGGAGGUGAAACAAUUAAACCUGUAGUCCACGUUCUCCGAGAAGAAGACAUGCCUAAGGGAGAAUCAGGCAAUAAGGUCACUCUAGUGUGUCUGGUGUCCAGCACCUCGCAGUCUGACUACUAUAUCACCUGGAGUGAACAAGACAGAGGUCAGGUUUCAGACUUCCAAGAUGGUAUCAACUCCCCCCCACAAAAGACCCAGAAUGGCUACUCCGUCACAAGUGUGUAUACCACCAGCAAGAAGAAGUGGGACGACAAGGUCAUUUUCACCUGCAAAGUCUGGCCCGCUGGUGCCAGCAGCCACAUGGAGUCAGCAGGAGUUUCUAAAGCGCAGGAAACCUCUCCAGGGUCAGGUGAGAGUUUUCCUCAGAGCUGCCAGCAGGGUGGUGUGGAGGAGGAUGAGUUCAGCAGCCUGUGGUCCACAGCCUCCACCUUUAUAGCCCUCUUCCUUUUCUCUGUCUCCUAUAGCGUGAUAUUCAGCCUGGUCAAGAUGAAGAAACACUGAAAUGAAGAGGAGUGAAUGGAUGCAUGACAUACAUACAGUUCUACUUCAUAUUUCACAGCUCCUCCUAGAAAAUUCCU